CCUCACCAGAGCUCCAGAGUGCGGCUCAAGGAACGACAACUAUUGUUACUAAACCGAUGAAUGGGACUGUGCGCCGCGCCGGAUCCUGACGCCUGGCUGUGGUUUUGGAAGAAGGGGCGCGUAAGCAGACAAGAAGAAAAAGAAGAAGAAGAAGAAGAAGAAGAAGAAGAAGAAGAAGCACAGUCUUUUCCUUUCAGGGGUGGAAAAAAGAAGACGCUGUAAUGACAGAGCAGCAGUCGUGCGCAGCGGCGAAAUAGACGAACUAUUGUGGGGACGGAAGAUUGAUAACGCAACUGGGCUGAGCAGACUGAGAGAGAGAGAGAGAGAGAGAGAGAGAGAGAGAGAGAGAGAGAGAGAGAGAGAGAGAGAGAGAGAGAGAGAGAGAGAGAGAGAGAGAGCGGCAGAUGUAAUGCCCAAACCCUGCAGCUGGUUCGGUGCCAGUACUGUGCUGGAUGGGUUAUUACUGCGUUCUCCUUUUCAUCAUUGACUGCUUUCAACGUUUCCACAUUACUUGGGGAUCUCGGACGGCUGUCUGUCUGUGAGGGGAGUACUGCUGCAGAGACAAACGGGGAAUGCCAUGUGUCGUUGCGCGACAUAAAAGCUCUUUGUGGGCUGUUUUGCACCGGGGGACAGGUGGUGCCGUGUGUUUGUAUGUGUGUGUCUGUUGAGACUAGCAGGGGGGCGCGGACAUACAACCCCUGAGACAGUUGUCUUAGGGAUGUCAGGCCGGCGUACGGGAUCAGUUUUUGCCAGAGACAGGUGCGACGGGGAGGAGUAGUUUCCAAAGCCCUGCACAGGAUCUGGUAACGCACUAACGAGCCUCCUCUGUCCGCUGAUCACUCUCGGAUCUUUUUUUCAUCCAACUGGAGACACAAUUGAAACACAAAGCUGUUAUCUACGAAGCACAUUUACCCACAAAAAAACCCUAGAGACUCCACAGUUCUGUUGCUAUGGCAACCGUGGCCCCUCCCUCCCUCUUCUUCCUGCUGUGUUGGCUGCUCCAAACAGCCAGCUCGGUGUUCCCAGAAGAACCGGGGCCUCUCAACGUCAUCCCCACGGAAGUGGUGAGGAGGUAUCCGGUCUUUCUGGGCCGACCCCACCGAACAUGGCUGAGACAAGAGCCUCUCCACAUUCAGAGGGUCCUCCAGGUCAACCGGACCCUCUACAUCGGAGCAAGGGAUGACCUUUUCCGUGUGGAGUUGGACAUCGUUGCAGGAGACGAGAUGUUCUACAGUAAGAAAAGAACAUGGGAGUCUAACAAGAAUGACAUCAGGAUCUGCAGGAUGAAGGGCAAACACGAGGAUGAAUGUCGUAACUUCAUGAAGGUGUUGCUCAGCAGACAAGGAGGCCUGUUUGUUUGUGGGACUAAUGCCUUCAACCCUCUCUGUGCCAACUACACUGGAGACACUCUGGAGAUGGCUGGAGACACCGUCAGUGGAAUGGCACGAUGUCCUUAUGACCCCAAACAUGCUAACGUAGCCCUAUUUGCAGAGGGGAAUCUGUUUACAGCCACGGUGACAGACUUCCUGGCCAUUGAUGCGGUGAUCUACCGUAGCCUCGGGGACAGUCCUGCUCUGCGCACCGUCAAACACGACUCCAAGUGGUUCCGAGAGCCAUAUUUUGUCAGCGCUGUGGAGUGGGGACCUCACAUCUACUUCUUCUUCAGAGAGAUUGCCAUGGAGUUCAAUUACCUGGAGAAGGUAGUGGUUUCCCGUGUGGCCAGAGUUUGUAAACGGGACCAAGGUGGGUCCCAGCGAGUGUUGGAAAAGCAGUGGACAUCAUUCCUUAAAGCUCGUCUGAACUGUUCUGUCCCCGGUGAUUCCCACUUCUACUUCAACCUGCUUCACUCGACAAGUCCCAUCAUCAAAAUGCACGGCAGGGACAUCAUUCUUGGGGUGUUCUCCACACCAGCAAACAGCAUCCCGGGUUCGGCGGUGUGUGCCUUUGACAUGGAGCAGCUGGCUGCCGUGUUUGAUGGGAGGUUCAAGGAGCAAAAAUCACCUGAGUCGAUUUGGACGCCUGUUCCAGAUGAAGUCAUCCCGAAGCCAAGACCUGGUGGCUGCGCAGUUCAAGGUUCAAGGUUUAACUCGUCCAACUCUUUCCCUGAUGAGAUGCUCAACUUUGUGAAGACCCACCCGUUGAUGGAUGAAGCUGUCCCAUCACUUGGACAAAGACCCUGGAUAGUCAGAACCAUGGUCAGGUACCAGCUCAAUAAGAUGGUGGUGGAUACAGAGGCGGGACCGUACAGGAACCGGACCGUCCUGUUCCUGGGCUCGAGCAGAGGGACCAUCCUGAAGUUCCUCAUCAUGCCCAACCAGGACAACACCGUGACCAACAGCAACAUCUUCCUGGAGGAAUUAGAAGGAUUCAACCCUGAUAAGUGUGCUGAAGACUCUCCACAGGCCAGACAACUGUUGUCUCUCACUCUGGACCGAGCAAGCCACACUCUGCUCCUCACCUUUCCCUCCUGUGUGAUCAGAGUACCAGUGGCACGAUGCCAGCUCUACUCCCGAUGCAUGAAGAACUGUAUCGCCUCCAGAGAUCCAUACUGUGGCUGGACCAGAGGUAGCACCUGCUCUUUCCUCAGGCCUGGGACCAGACUGCCGUUCGAGCAAGAUGUCGAACAGGGAAACGUGGCCCACUUGGGUGACUGUGACGGACUGCUGCUGCAGGAGAGUUUCAUGGAGGAGCCUGAUGGACUGGUGUCUGUAAACCUCCUGGUGGUGUCUGCGGUUUCAGCCUUUGCAACAGGAGCCAUCCUCUCCGGCCUCACAGUGUGCUGGAUUAUGAGUCACCGCCACCGCCAUUCUCGAGGAGCAGGAGGCAGCGGUGCUCGCCGGAAAAGUGACAAAGAGCAGAGCAUGCUGGCGCAGGGCCGCAGCGGGUCAGUAAUGAGUGUAACGAGAACCAGCGGUGGUGAUAGGCGUCGUUCACAAGCAGACAACCCCUUCGUGACCCCUAACGGUUGGCCUAAAGGAGAGAUGGAUCCAGGUUUGCUGCCCACGCCAGAACAAACCCCGCUGCAGCAGAAACGGGCCAUGCGUCUCCCUGACACUGACUGGGACCAGAGCCAGACGUUCCUCACCGCUGUGGGGACUCCCUGCCCCAACAAUGCGGUCAUCUACCUGAGCUCUAAGUUCCUCCAUGGAGGCGGAGGGGGUGGAGGGAUGGUCCGGAUAGAGGACCCAGGGGAGGUCAUGCUUCCUCCUCACACAGAGCGCCAGCGCUACCUGAUCCUAGCCACCCAGAGAGGGGAGCAUGGUGGCAGUCGUCCCACUGGCGGCCUGAGGAACUCAGCAGGUGAAUACAUCUACCCCGCCACGCCGCAGGACUCCCCGGACCGACGGAGAGUGGUUUCUGCUCCCACUCCCCACAUGGACUAUGGGGAGCCUCGCUGGAGUCACGAGGCGCUCAACUACAACAGCAACAAUGGAGCCCCUUACCACUCCCAGCGCCAGGGCCUCAUCCGGCCAGAUAUGCACGGGCCUCGAGGGCUGGGAGAACUGGCUGACUUCAGCCACCUUCUGGGGAAGAACAUGGGAGAGCGCACCCCCAGUGGCCAGUGAGGUGAAGUACGUGAGCUCCUACACCAAGCUCUCUCUGAAGGCCCAUUUCUCCAACAGCAAACUGGAAUAAAUCAACCCCUCUGACUCACUGUCCCAGUCCAACCUUUACCCUGUCUGUCCUCUCUCACUGUCAUUCAAUGUCCUGACGUCAUUCAGCUGACUGAAGAGAGAGACAGAGAGAAGAAUCAAAAAAUCAAAGAGAGAGUUAAAGAGGAGAAAACUCCUCACAUCUCCAUCUGAGCUGCACCCCUCUGCUCUGCAAGUGGUAUGACCCACAGAGCUCGACACCACAGGACAAAUGAUAAAGGAAAGAGAGGGGUGCAGAGAAUAAAAGGGGGAUCUCCUCGAAGGACAGUGUGGAGAAGAACAUGUUGACAAUUUUGCUUGCAGAGCCAAAUGUGAAAGGUCUCCCUCCACCAUUUUUGUCACUGUUUUGACACCAUGGAUCUUCUUUGAGUGUGAAAUUUUACUUUCAGUUUUUGGGUUUUUUUGUGCCAGUGGCAUCCAACAGACAAUAGUGUGCUUUAUUUGGGUUUCACAUGAGGAAAAAAAUUGCCUGAAACUGUGCCAGAGGGCAGUGACUCUCACUGAAUCAUGCAGUGUGUGUAUGUGUGUGAACAUUUGUAUGAGUGUUUGUGCAAGUGUGAGUGGCCACGACAACCCCAAGUCCUGUCUUAACUGUGAAUUAGAAAAAUAUAAUGAAGUUUCUAUGAGGAAGAAGUGGGUGUUAAUGUUAUUUCCCUUUUUUAUACAAUCGACUGAGACAGAUGGAUUUUAUUUUGUGUCUUUUGAAAAUUAUUGUAUCGACCAAUCAGAGGUUUGAGUGAAUGACCAAUGGCUAGUGAAAGAUUAAAACUCCCAGUCUAACUUUUGUAAUCACCAGUACUUUAGAAGCAGCAGUAACCAGAGCCAUGACAAACCGACAGAGAGCAAUAACAAGUGAGAAAUAACAAAGAUAAAUCUGAUAUUUUAUUAUAUGACAGUUUUCUGUUCAAACCAAGAUGAGGUUUAGAAAAAGAACAGCGUGCUGGGAAAAGGAACAAUAUCUCCCUCCAUUCUUCCCUCCCUCAGUCUGUCAGGAUGCCCGGGUCUGCCUGACCUGACCCGAGGCCCUCCCUGGGCUCCGCAGCCCAUUUGAAGGAGGGAAUGUGAGCUGAGGCCGUCUGGCUGUCUGACUGGACUGUGAGGCCCAGGCCGCUUGGGAGCUCCAUUCAGUCUCUUCUGCCCGACACUGAGCCUCUUUGUGCCCCAGAAGCAGGAGGAGACUGCGGCAACAAAUAGCCGUUAAGAGUCAGGGGCCGAGCCCGGCACCGCAGCCUCGCGGAAUAUCAAUGAAGGAGGACAGCAACUCCAUCCAUCAUGUGAGAUACAUUGACCAGGGCCCGGGCAUCUCCUGUGCUUCACCCACUCUGCUGGUGAUUCACUGGUUUUGUGGUGGUGGAGAGGAGCAGAGGGCCGAGGCCAGGGUUGGGGCACUGCAAGCUGUCACAAUGGUCAUCCCUUGUGGCUUCGUCCCUUUUUGCCUAUCAGUGUGUCUCACAACAAAAGCAGGAUAAAGAAAACAGAUGGGCAUGGGCAUACUUGGGUGUGGAAUUACUCUUUCACUCCCUGUGUGAUCUUUUGAUGUUUUUUCGUUUUUGUCUGUUCUCAUCCGUUCCUAAUUCAAAUGUAGAUCCUGAGAUAGCUUUUAGUUCAUCUGGGUCACGGUGGUGGGUUUUUGUUGUGUGAGUGUCUGUCUGUCUCUUAGGGUUUGUGUCAAUGAAUGUGUUACUUUUAUUGCGAGCAAAAAACAUCUUUGAUCAAUUGUACCUUCAUUCUCGCCUUUCUUCUUUUGUUCAACCCCAUUCCUUUCUCUCUUGAGCCAUUAACGUCGUUGAACAAACUUUUAUAUAAUGCAUUUACAUCUUUGUACUGCAUGCAAAGGUGUGCUGCGAAUGUGGGGGAGCUGGGAUCUGCUGCGCCGAAGGGAAUUCUGCGGCAGACGGUAGACGGUAGAGACUGUCAGGAAAUAGGAAUACAUACAAAAGGUGCAAACUCCUGUCCAACAACUAAAAAAGUCAUUGAAAGUUGCAAAUCUUAGAUGUUCACUUAGAUCUAUUUAAACUUAUAAUAAUAUUCAGACAGCAGGAAGCUUAGCACAUAUAAAAUCAUUGUUUAGCCCCUAACUAUAUUUAUUAAGGCAGGUGAGAGUUUAGACCUGGCCAGGAGAGAGGUGUAGACAUUCUUAGUACUGUGAAAAAAACACUGAAAACAACUUUCAUACACUACAAAUAGUGAAUUUCAAUAUCUAGUUAUAUACAAAAAUGUUCAAGGUUAUAAAAUAAAACCAGUGCUUUUAACUAUUACUUUGGAUUUCAAUCAAUACCAGAAGCAUCUCAGUAAACUUGUAAGAUUUCUAUAGCUAAAUGCUGUAUAAAUCAGUUUUUUGCUUUCAGGAUGGCAGUUUUGUUACACUAAUUCAGUAGAAUAGUCCUUAUUAGAUAUUAUCCAAUAAAUACAAGCAUACGUUUUGACACGAAAAUAACAGCAUAAGACCAAAUCCUUCACAUAUACAGCAGUAUCAGAGUAAAUCACAUCAAUCAUAGGUUAAAAAUGGCUAACCUGAAUGUAAAUCAUGAACAGUGUCCUCAAAGACAGCAUCCACGCGGCGGUGAAUCUGAGAGAAUAAUCUUAUUAAUUCAGUCUGUACUAAAAGAGUACAGAGAGAUUUAUGAAAGCGAGGACAGAGGAGGAGGUCAGGCAGCUGAACCUGAUGUUACUGCAUUACCGCCUCACCACAUUAGUACAGUGUAUUCUUUACACAUUCCACCCUGAAACAGGUCAUUAGUAUUGAGAAUACGGAGCCGUCCAGCAGCCAGCCCCCUCAUCUCUGCGUCUCUUUAUCUCUGCCUGUCUCCAUCUCUGAGUGCUGCGUGUCUGCAUUUGUCCGUGUGUGUGUUUGUGUGUGCGUGCGUGAACGAGGCCUCUCUGUCUCGGUCGACGUGCGCAGCCAGCCGUGUCCUCACCCUGCAUCUCCUCCGGUGUUUCACUAAACAUGCUUGAUUAGGCAAAGUACAUUCCCGGCCCUCUAAUGGCCUGAUGAGCCCCCGAGAAGAUUACUACAGACACAUCAGCCCUGAGAGGGUGGCACACAUUGAACCACCUCCUUACCCCUCCACUAAACACCAGUCGCACACAAACAUGCGUACACGCACAUAAGCCUGUUAGCUAAAUCAGAGGAUGUAUUCAUGAAGUUUACUACGACAGAGAGCUGCUUAAAGAGCUAACAAUUAUGAUGUUGCAUAAGAAUGCCACGUGCAAGAGGCCAGAAGACCCCAUUCAGACUAGAGCUAGGUAAAAAUAAGUUAUUCAUAAAGCAUGUUAACCCUCAUGAAAACUGGUAACUGAUGGCCAUUAAGAGUUUAAGAGAAAAA